UCAAUGAUGAAUACAAAAUGUGGAACGAAUGAAAGAAGAUAAAACAAGAAAAAACCAGAGCCAUGUUUUGUUCCAUAAUUUUCUCAGUGCUAAUAACAACACUUGUUCAUGAAUCAAAUGCUCAAUUGAGUUCAAGCUUCUACAGCAGCACAUGCCCCAACGUGUCUUCCAUUGUGAGGAGUGUGGUUCAGCAAGCUUUGCAAUCUGAUUCUCGCAUUGGCGCAAGCCUAACUCGCCUUCAUUUCCAUGAUUGCUUUGUUAAUGGGUGUGAUGCAUCAGUUUUGUUGGACCAAGGUGGCAACAUAACACUGAGCGAGAAGGGUGCAGUUCCAAACAAUAAUUCAGCUCGUGGGUUUGAUGUAGUUGAUAAAAUCAAGAGUGCUGUUGAAAAUUCAUGCCCUGGUGUUGUGUCUUGUGCUGACAUUCUUGCUCUUGCGGCUGAAGCUUCUGUCUCUCUGGGAGGAGGUCCUUCAUGGAACGUUGUUCUUGGGAGAAGGGAUGGUGUAAUUGCAAACCAAUCAGGAGCGAAUAAUUCGAUUCCAACUCCAUUUGAAAGCUUAGCGAACAUCACAGCAAAAUUUGCUGCUGUUGGACUCAAUAUAACUGAUCUCGUUGCAUUAUCCGGUGCACACACAUUCGGGCGAGCACAAUGUAGAUUUUUCAACCAGAGACUCUUCAACUGGAGCGGCACAGGGAGCCCUGAUCCCACUCUGAGCCCGUCGUAUGUGGCGAGCCUUCAGCAGAGCUGUCCGCAGAAUGGAAGCAGUGGGACCACACUCAACAACCUGGACCCUUCAUCUCCGGACACCUUCGACAACAACUACUUCUCGAACCUCAUCAACAACCGUGGCCUCCUCCAGACGGAUCAGGAGCUCUUCUCCUCCAACAACAGCGUCACCAUCUCCCUUGUGAACAGCUUCGCCGGCAACCAGACCGCCUUCUUCGAAGCCUUUGCUGAGUCCAUGAUCAACAUGGCCAACAUUAGCCCUUUGACUGCACCCCAGGGUCAAAUCAGGUCCAAUUGUAGGAAACUCAAUUAGAAAACUACUCGUAUAUGUAUGUAAUGAGAUGCUGUGGUUUUUCGUUAUCUUGGAUUUGUUUGGACAUGCAUGUAAGGAAGAAAACAAGGCUCACAAAUUUGUG